AUUGUGUCGACACCGGAAGACCGCUUUUCCAAUAUAAACCGUGAGCAGUUUCCAGUAGGCUACAACAAGAGCAGAUCACUGACGCUGCACUAAGUCCCCACAAGACAAGAUGAACGCCGCUGUAGUUCUCGUCCUCUUCUCCGUCUUGGUUGCGACACAAGCAAAACCGGACCCGGAUGUGUGCGAUGUGAUCAAGGUGGAAAGUUGGAACUACAAGUAUGCCGAGAAGGAUGUGGAAGAUGCCACAUGGGUCCUCAACAUGACGGUCGUCGAUCAACAGUCCGCGGCUAAAUGUAACCUGGGCGAAUCCUUCGGCUACCAGAAAGCCACCCUGUGGGUGGAUGACGGCUGUCGUGCCGACUUCAAAGUGUGCUAUCUGGCGAGCUCGACUGAGUGCAGUGUAAUCAGGGCGGAAAGUUGGAGCUACAAGUACUCAGAGAAAAAGGUGACGGGGGCCGCAUUGUUCAUCAGCAUGGCCGUUGAAGAUCGGCAGUCCGAGGCUGGCUGCAGUCUGGAUAAAUCCUUCGGCUUCUACAAUCAGAACUCCACAGUGUGGGUGGAUCAUGGCUGCCGUGCUGACUUCAAUGUCUGUUAUGUCCGAGGCAGCACCAGCAGCACUACUGUAAACGUGAGCAGCUGGAACUACAAGUACGCCACCAAGGCUCUCCCCUCCGCCUCCUGCAUCUACUCCAUGCAAGUGGCCAAGCAACAGUCCGCAGCCGCCUGCACUUUCGGAAAAACUUUUGGUUUUGUGGCCAAUACCAUGUGGGUCAGCGAUGGCUGCAGAGCUGACUUCAGUGUCAGCUAUUACUCCGCUUAAGCUUUCUUAAAUCCGUCAUAGUCCAUUGACAAGUUUUGUUUUAUUAAAAUAUUAAUCGGAAACAACAA